UCGUCCCUCCACUUUGCUAAAGGUCUUCUUCAUAUAGCUAGCUAGCCAUAGCCAGUGAGAUCUACAUCUACCUCAGAGCCAAAAGAAAUUAAAAAAUUUUGAGGAUCGAAGAUCGAUAUCGAAAGAUAGAUAGAUCAGUAGUGCCCUUAAGGCUUAAGGCCAAGAUGCCCUCUAGUAGUCCUGAUCUUCCCCAGAAGUCCCUCCAAAUCAAGCAAGACAACAAGUUCUUCACAAGGCUUCUAUCCAAAGAGAAUUCCAUGACAAACUCAUCAUUCAGAGUCUACUAUGGAGGAGCAAAGGGUGAAGUGCCAUUCAUGUGGGAAUCUCAACCAGGUACGCCUAAGCAUACAUUCAGCGACACAUCUCUCCCUCCUCUCACACCUCCUCCUUCCUACCAUUUCAGUCCCAAGAAAAGACCCACCAAAAACCCUUCAAAAUCCAACCUUCUUCACUUUAUAUUUCCCAGGCUAUCUUCCAAGAAAACCACCCAUGUAUCCCCAUCAGCGCUAUCCUCAUCUUCUUUGUCCUCCUCCUCCUCAUACUCAUCAUCAUUGUCUUCGUCCUCCACUCCGACGAUUCCUUCAAAUUUCGAUCAGAGACGUAGACGUUUUGCAAGUCCCAGAUCGUCGUUUGAUUCCAGGGGAGAUUACGAGGAAGAAGGUGGUUCCGUCUCUCCUACCUCAACCUCAUCUCCCUGCUUUAGUGUUCAUCGUCAGUCUGCCGGCGGACUCCGAGGUUGUUCCUCAAUAUGGUGAUCAUGAGGAUGAAGAAUGGUUUGUUGUCAUUGGUUGGCCAUGGAUCUGGUCAAGGUACUGCUUAAUUAGAAGUUUUUCAGAUUCUCGUUCAUCAAUUUUUAUCAUUUCAGUUCUCCUGCUGGUUCUGGCUGGUUUGAGAUGUAAAAUCUAAAAUGCACCCUUGCUUGACUCUAACUGCCAAUUAAAGAAUUGAAAAAUAGGAAAAGAAAGUUGGUGGUGGUAACUAGUAAAUGUUGUUUACCUUAAUUAGCAAAAAGAUUCAUUUGCUAGCUAGGAUAUGAGUAAAGGUCAAAUCAAUGUUCCUCAUCUUCCCAACUGUUUUGCUUCAAGCUUGUUUUCAUCAUCUUCUUCUUUUAGAGUACUCAUGUAUGAUCAGAUACAUGAAAUAAAGUGUAUAUGUGAUUUAAAUUGUUAAA